UCAAUACAAAAGCGGAGCUCCGAUCGGACCGGCCAGUAGUUGACCCUAGUUAACCAAUCCAAUGACGCCAAUCAGCUUUGGACUCGAGCAUGUAAUUUGACCGAGUUUUGAAAAACGCUCCCAGAGAGUCGGACUCGGAGACAUUCGACUAUGUCUAUUGCACGAGUGAGAAUGAAUUUGAACGCUACGAAUCAGCGACAAUGGCAGUCCCAAAUUCAUCUUCCAAACCCCUGUCGCUUGUCAGCUCGAAAUCUCUCCGGUUUAUCGCGAAAACUUAACCUCCCAAUCUCUUCGUCGCCUUCGACAAUCUCUUACUCGCUCUCUUUAAGGCUUUCGGUUCGUUUUCGGUCCGGAGCUCCGUUUCGCAGAUGUACCUCGGCGGAGAUUCCAGAAUCUGAUUCGGAUUCGGGUCAAUCAUAUGUAUCUGAACCGAUAGAGACCGUUCAGCAAGAGAAGAUUUCUAUUGUUAAUGUCUUGAAGAACGCAAAUUCAUUUCUGCCUCAUGUGGUACUUGCUAGUACACUGUUAGCUCUAAUAUAUCCACCUUCAUUCACAUGGUUUACUACCAGGUACUAUGCACCUGCUUUAGGGUUUUUGAUGUUUGCAGUUGGGGUUAAUUCCAGUGAAAAGGAUUUCCUCGAAGCCUUUAAAAAACCAGCUGCCAUAUUAACUGGUUAUGUUGGUCAAUAUCUUGUGAAGCCUAUGCUUGGAUAUUUUUUUGGCAUUGUAUCAGUGGUAGUAUUUGGUCUUCCAACACCCAUAGGUGCUGGGAUUAUGUUGGUAUCUUGUGUUAGUGGUGCACAGCUCUCAAAUUAUGCUACUUUUCUGACGGACCCAACAAUGGCCCCUCUAAGUAUUGUCAUGACAUCCUUGUCUACUGCCACCGCAGUAGUUGUCACACCACUGUUAUCGCUCUUGCUUAUUGGAAAGAGACUACCUGUUGAUGUUAAAGGAAUGGUGUCCAGCAUUCUGCAGAUUGUAGUUACACCAAUUGCUGCAGGCUUGUUUCUGAAUCGGUUCUUUCCCCGGAUUUCUGAUGCUAUUCGACCAUUUUUGCCUCCACUUUCAGUAAUAGUAACAGCUCUCUGUGUAGGAGCACCACUUGCUUUAAAUAUAAAAUCCGUGUUGUCUCCUUUUGGAGUAGUCGUUUUGUUGCUCAUUUGUGCAUUUCAUGCGUCAGCAUUUAUAACUGGUUAUGCCUUUACCGGCAUUGCCUUUCGUAUGGCACCUGAUGUGAAAGCACUGCAAAGAACACUAUCCUAUGAGACAGGAAUGCAGAGCAGUCUUCUGGCCCUUGCACUUGCAAACAGGUUCUUUCAAGAUCCACUUGUUGGUAUACCUCCAGCAAUCUCGACUGUAAUCAUGUCUUUGAUGGGCUUCUCACUUGUCACGGUUUGGUCUAAAAGGAAAGAUCAACUUUGUUAGGAAGCAUCUCCUGCGUCUGUAAUUCUAUUAUCUUGCUGCGUCUGGUAAUACAAGAGACUUGUAUCAACUCUGUUCUUACAUUAGGAUGUAUUUCCUUCUGAAUAUAUCAGAAGGAAAUUGUAAUUAACAUACUUCUAGGAAGAUACUGCAGUUUAUUUUUGUACACUGCUCUUUCCCCACCUCUCUCUCUCUCUCUCUCUCUCUCUCUAAUAUUGUUGCAAGUAAAUAAUGUGGAAAAGGGGAAAACUAUUUCUGUCGAAAAGGGAUUCUCUUUUUCUUUUUUCUUAUUUUCAUGCAUUGUAUUUCGAGCUUCAAACAAAAUCAUGAGUUUAUUUUUCAAUUUUUAAAAAAAAAGCUAUUUAUUUAUUUAUUUUA